UUAAGACCAUUCUCAUAUUUGCAAGUGUCUUUCAAGCAAGCAUCAUCUCAACACUUUGUUAAUGUGUUGAAAAGAAUUGAGUUGACCACAGAAGUAAAAUACAGAAUUGAAACUAAAAAAUCUCUCAUUGAAAAUAUGGCUCACUCUUAUCUAAUUCUAGCUGUGAUUGUUGGCGCAAUAGUCUUCAAUGCUCACAGUGCGAAAUUAUCAAAAAAGGAAGACGAACAAAUGGUAUUGAAAAGAACACCAGCUUGCAAAAACUGUCACUUGCAAACUCCAAUUUUCACACUUCAAAAGCUUAUACUCAAGAUGCAAAGACUCAUUUUAGAAUUUCAGUCAAAUUACAUAUGCAACGAAAUGAAAGCAACAAAGUCACUUGAAAAAAUACUGAAAGAUUUUCAAAAAAAUAAAACAGAUUACGUGGUCAAAAGAAUUCCAACUUUGACUUAUUCUUCUGCGGCAGCAACUUGUAAAAAAGACGGAAAAGAAUUAUGUCCUUCUUAUUUUAUUUGUCGAGAUGGUAAAUAUCCAGUGGGGCCAGUGAGAAUUGGAAAUCAUUGGGUUCCAGUCAAAGACGACAAGAACCAAUGGAUUCAAAUUGGUUUCCAAAGUCAUGAAACGACAUGUGAACUCAUUUCCACAAAACACUCUCGAUUUCCUAAGUGGGCAACUACUACAAUAAAAGUUCCGUGGAAAGGUUACAUAUACUGCUGCAGUGUUGCUGCCUGAAAAAGUGAUUCUCAUUUCUUGGCACUAAAAAAUUUUUAUGAUGUUUGUUUUCCCAUAAGUAUACUGAAAUUGAUAGACAGUAAACGUAGAACUCAUUAUAGUAUAGCAGGAUCAUUUAUCGUACAGUAAUCAUCGAAUUUUACCAAACAUGUGCUGUAUUUGUGUUUAUAACAUUAAAACUUGAGCUGGUUAACUAUAAGUUUUAACCAAUUUCA